UCCAGCGCGGGGAGGGGGCGGGGGAAGAAGAGGCGCCCGUCCGGCCCGCUGCCCCCUUCCGGCCCGGGAAGCGGCCGGACCUUGGCGGCGCCCGGGGCGGCCUGAGCACUAAUCGAGGGACGUCCGGGCCCGGAGGGCGGGGGCCCGGCCGCCGAGCGGAGGUGGCAUUUCCAGAUUGGGGCUCGGGCCGCCCCUCCUCCAGGACCCUCCCCUCGGGACAGCGAAGGGCGCCGCGAGCGAUCGGGACCGGCUCUCCUGGCGCAGUGGAAAAGGUGGACAAGUCCUAUUUUCAAGAGAAGAUGACUUUUAACAGUUUUGAAGGAUCUAAAACUUGUGUACCUGCAGACAUCGAUAAGGAUGAAGAAUUUGUAGAAGAGUUUAAUAGAUUAAAAACUUUUGCUAAUUUUCCAAGUAGUAGUCCUGUUUCAGCCUCAACACUAGCACGAGCUGGUUUUCUCUAUACUGGUGAAGGGGACACUGUGCAGUGCUUUAGUUGUCACGCAGCAGUAGAUAGAUGGCAAUAUGGAGACUCAGCAGUUGGAAGACACAGGAAAGUAUCCCCAAAUUGCAGAUUUAUCAAUGGCUUUUAUUUUGAAAAUAAUGCUGCACAACCUACAAAUCCUGGUGUCCAGAAUGGUCAGUACAAAGUUGAAAACUAUCUGGGAAACAGAAAUCAUUUUGUUUUAGGCAGGCCAUCUGAGACUCAUGCAGAAUACCUUUUGAGAACUGGACAGGUUGUAGACAUAUCAGAUACCAUAUACCCGAGGAACCCUGCCAUGUGUAGUGAAGAAGCUAGAUUAAAGUCAUUUCAAAAUUGGCCAGACUAUGCCCACUUAACCCCAGGAGAGUUAGCUAGUGCUGGACUCUACUACACAGGUAUUGAUGAUCAAGUGCAGUGCUUUUGUUGUGGUGGAAAACUGAAAAACUGGGAACCUUGUGAUCGUGCGUGGUCAGAACACAGGCGACACUUUCCUAAUUGCUUCUUUGUUUUGGGCCGGAAUGUUAAUAUUCGAAGUGAAUCUGAUGUCGUGAGUUCUGAUAGGAAUUUCUCAAAUUCAACAAAUCUUCCAAGAAAUCCAGCCAUGGCAGAUUAUGAAGCACGGAUCAUUACUUUUGGGACGUGGAUAUACUCAGUUAACAAGGAGCAGCUUGCAAGAGCUGGAUUUUAUGCUUUAGGUGAAGGUGAUAAAGUGCAGUGCUUUCACUGUGGAGGAGGGCUAACUGAUUGGAAGCCCAGUGAAGAUCCUUGGGAACAACAUGCUAAGUGGUAUCCAGGGUGUAAAUAUCUGUUAGAAGAGAAGGGGCAGGAGUAUAUAAGCAAUAUUCAUUUAACCUGUUCACUGGAGGAGUCUCUGGUAAGAACUGCUGAAAAAACAACUGAAAGAAUUGAUGAUACCAUCUUCCACAAUCCCAUGGUACAAGAAGCUAUACGAAUGGGAUUCAGUUUCAGGGACAUUAAGAAAAUAAUGGAGGAAAAAAUUCACACAUCUGGGAGCAACUAUAGAUCACUCGAAAUUUUGGUUGCAGAUCUAGUGAAUGCUCAGAAAGACAAUACACAAGAUGAAUCAAGUCAGACUUCAUUGCAGCAAGAGAUUAGUGCUGAAGAGCAGCUAAGGCUCCUGCAAGAGGAGAAGCUUUGCAAAAUCUGCAUGGAUAGAAAUAUUGCUGUAGUUUUUAUUCCUUGUGGACAUCUGGUCACUUGUAAACAAUGUGCUGAAGCAGUUGACAAAUGUCCCAUGUGCAACACAGUCAUUACUUUCAAGCAAAAAAUUUUUAUGUCUUAAUCUAACUCUACAGUAGGCGUGUUAUGUUCUUAUGACCCUGAUUGAAUGUGUGAUGUGAACUGACUUUAAGUAAUCAGCAUUGAAUUCCAUUAGCAUUUGCUACCAAGUAGAAAAAAGUAUAAACUGCAGUGUUAUAGAUGGCAAUCUAAAAUUUGAAUUUCUGGAUUUUUCAGGAUAUUAGCUGUGUUAUCUAUCCUUUUUUUUUUUUUACUGUUAUUUAAUUGAAACUCUAGACUAAGGAGCAUCCUGUUAUAACUGAUCACAAUGUGUAUUUGUCGUAGACUCACUUAGUUUCUACGUGUCAAUGGAUUAAUGAACUGAAUUUUUCAUUCUUUUCAGAUAGGCUUAACAAAUGGAGCAUUCUGUUUAAAUGUGGAGAUUAGAGUUAAUCUCCCCAAUCAUAUAAUUUGUUUUGUGUGAAAAAGGAAUGAACUGUUCCACACUGGUGAAAAGAUAGAGAUUAUUUUUAGAUGUUUGUCUUUGUGUUUUAGGAUUCUGUCCAUUUUCUUUUAAAAUUAUACACAUGUACUGGGUAGAUGAUUUUUUAAAAAAUGAUUUUGCCAUUGCUAAAAGGAUGUUUAAUGAUAGAAUACCAUCUAGCCUACAUGUACUGAUACAGAAAGAUUUCAAAGAUAUGUUAAGUAUAAAAUGCAAGUGGCAAAACACUAUGUAUAGAAUGAGCCAAAUGAAGGCAUGUGUGUUUUGUGUGUGUAUGUAUAGGACAAAAGAUUUGGAAAGAUAUGCUCCAAACUGUUAAAUGUGGUUUCUUUUGGGGGGGGGGGAUGGGUCCCAGUGGGGGUUUACAGGGGCCUUUCACUUUCUGGUUUUUUUUUUUUCAUUUUAUUCUGUUUGAAUUUUUUGUAAGUAUGUAUUACUUUUGUAAUCAGAAUUUUUAGAAAGUGUUGUACUGAUUUAAAGGCUUAGGCAUGUUCAAACGCCUGCAAAACUACUUAUUGCUCAGCUUUAGUUUUUCUAAUCCAAGAAGGCAGGGCAGUUAACCUUUUUGGUGCCAAUGUGAAAUUUAAAUGUUUAUAUGUUUUUCCUGCUUUGUGGAUGAAAAAUAUUUCUGAGUGGUAGUUUUCUGACAGGUAGACCAUGUCUUCUUCUCUUGUUUCAAAAUAAAUAUUCCUGAUUUUGUAAAAUGAAAUAUAAAAUAUGUCUCAGAUCUUCCAAUUAAUUAGUAAGGAUUCAUCUUUAAUCCUUGCUAGUUUAAGCCUGCCUAAGUCACUUUACUAAAAGAUCUUUGUUAACCCAGUAUUUUAAACAUCUGUCCGCUUACGUAGGUGAAAGUAGACGCGUGUUUGUACACUGCUCGUAGUUCUAGUGACGGCUUUCCAUGUUGAGAUUCUCAUAUCGUCUCAUGUCUUAAAGUUUCGUGUGAGUUUUUACCGUUAGGAUGAUUAAGAUGUAUAUAGGACAAAAUACUGAGUCUUUCCUCCACCUAAAUGUUUUUGUUUUCUUGACUAGUAUUAGUAAGAGAGAACUUCUGAAAUAAAUGUUCUCUCAAGAUCCUUACAAACCUCUUGGAAAUUAUAAAAUAUUGCCAAGAAAAGAAGAAUAGUUGUUUGAAUAUUAAAGAGAAAAUAAAACUUAAGAAUCAAUAUAGAUAAAAAAUGGAAGUUGAAAAAUGCUUCAUAGAACACCCAAGCUUUACGGUACAAGAUUCUCACACGACCUGUUGUAGCAGUGAGUGAGACACUUUACUGCAGAGAAAAGUUUGAGAGUAAAACUGUAAAAAUUAUAUUUUCGCUGUAUUUUCUAAGAGAAAGAGUAUUGUCAUGUUCUCCUAAUCUCUGUUGAUUACUACUUUAAGUGAUAUUCAUUUAAAGCCUUGCAAAUUUAAAUGAGAGGUUUUUAAAUUAAAUAAUGGCUGCCCUGUUGUUGUUUUACUGUGUAAAUCCUCAGUUCUUUACCUUUGCACUGUGUUCCACUUAGAUUUAGUCAUAGAUUCAUUGUUACAUUUUACAUGUUUAGUCUAAGCUUUAAAUUUAAAUUACAAGGGGAGAAAAGUGUUAAAGUUUUUAAAAUGUGUUUUCCAGGACACGCCAGCUCCAAGUGAGGGAGGCAGUUCGAUCUAGUUGUUGGCCGAGGACUGAAUUGUUUUAACAUAAGGCUUUUCCUGUUCUGGGAGCCUCAGUUCAUUAAAACUUUUGAAGAACUUGCAUGUUUAGAGUUAAGCAAGACUUUUUUUCUCCCCAUGAGUUGUGAAAUUUAGUGCAUGAGGCUGAUGUGGCUAACAAGUUUAUUUUAAGAAUUGUUUAGAAAUGCUCUUGCUUCAGGUCCUUAAAUCACUCAGCACUCCAACUUCUAAUCAAAUUUUUUAAGACUUAGCAAUGUUUGUCUGUGUUCGCACUAUAAAAAGCACUGGAUCCUUCCCACGUAAUUGUGCAAAAAGUAAUCACUUGCAAGGUCAGACAGAAGUAGAACCAGAUCCAAAUCUCUGCCUCUCCCCUUCCCAAAAUAGUUGCAGUAUCUACAUAUAGACAUUCCUUUUCUGUGUAAAGUGCACUCUAAGAUUUCAAAGUCACCACCUAUUUUACUACAUUUUAGUCACGUGAAGGGUCAAAUUGUUUUGUAAUAGUUAUCUUUAUUCGGAAGAAUUUGGUGUCCUUGUGUUAAUUUUUGAGAAAUGGGUUUAAUGUUUAUAAGAUAAAUUCCAGUUUAUUAGUGAAGGGCUGUAUAUUGCCUUUCUUGAUAGAUUUUUCCCCCUUCAGUUAGGGGCAAAGAUGGGGCAGGGUGGAUGUGGUGAGUGUAUAUAAUGUGAUUUGGCCCUGUGUAUUAUGAUCUUUUGUUGUUAUUUAAAUUUUGGUAGGUUUUUUCCUCUUUUCGUUUUAGUGGAUAAAAUUUGUAGUUUGAAUUCUGAAUGGAGACUACCACCACGGCAUUACUUGCGUGUAUUGUACCAUUUUAGACACAAAUCAGUGUUUUCUGAUUAGCCAGGUAUUGAAUGGAGAAGAGGGAUGGAGUGGUGGGAGAAAUGGGAUGUGUCGUGUAUCAUUUCCAUUAGAAGUUAUGAGAGUUCAAGGAGACCAUGUAUGUAAAAUACUUGCUAUAAAUGUUAAUUCCCUAACACUCUUUUACCCUCCAUGGGUCUACCUUGAUUUUGGAAAUUUGGGCUAAGACUUAGGGGAUAACUCUUUCAGUGACUCUUACUCAUCCUUUUUGGUGUUUCUCAUAGUUAAGAUGUAAACUGCAAUAAAUGGAUAGGUCAAGCCCUUAAAUGUGUUUAAAUUCCUUUUUUAAAAACUUGAAAAAAUUAUUCUUAUCAAGUUUAGUUGAGCUUUCCUAAUAGAAACAAUUGACUUAUUCCUACGUUUAUAAUUGCUUUCAAUUUGACUCUUAGACACUUAUUAGCACAGUGUGAAUUUUAUUUGCGGCAUAAUGGAAUCAUAGGGUCUCAGAGCUAGAAGUGACCUUAGAGAGUAUCUAAUUCAUCCCCCUCCUUUUUCAGAUGAGGCAACUGAGGCUCCGAGGUGAAGUGAUUUGUUCAAAGCUGUGUAGCUAGUUAGUGGCACCCCAUAUUGGGACAUGGUUUGAAGGUGAAAAACUUGAGCUCUCUCCUGGGAGGUCUCAAAUGUUUAUUUUUUUCAACUAUUCUUUCCCCUAUGCCAUGGAUUUCACUACAUAUUAAAUGACACUUUAUAAGUAAUACAGUAGGACAAUCUUAAAUCCAUAUAUCUUCAAAUUGUACAAUACUACAUUAAUGUUUGGGUGGUAAGAUUCUAUUUUGAAGUCUAAAGUUUGCAGGUAUGCAUAUAGAUUUUUUGGCAUUUACUAGAUCCUUAUUGUAUAUCAUUAAUGUAACAUUUAAAAUUACUAUAUAAGUAUAUUUUGUCAUUUUGUCUAUACUUAGUAACAAAUAUGCAUUUUUGAUUUGAUGUAACAAAGGCUUUAAUGUAAUUUCUGUUAGAAAAUUUUGCAUUUUUCAUAUUACUGUUAUACUUUAUCUAACCUGACAGAAUGGCUGAUUUUUAUGUCAUUGUAGUAGUGUUGUGAAUAAUUGUGUGAAAUGUUUUCAGAUAGACUACUAUAUUUGUGAAUAUAAUUUUACGGCUUUUUUCAUUUAGUAGAAAUCUUUCCAUCAGUAUGGAAAACUAAGAAAACUGCUUUCUACUGUAUAAUCUGGCAGUCAUCAUAGAUUAAAGCUUAUUUUUCUGUGAAUAAAACUUAUUCAAUAAAGUACUAUUCUUUAAAAUGA